GAUCCUCCAGCAUUAUCAGGUGGUUGUAAUGCCAAAAAAGACAGCAGUCUAAAUGAUUGUCUCUAUCAAUGUUUAUAUCAUGCAUAUGGAACGUUUUCAAAACUCCCAAAAAUUAUCGAAAAGCCAGAAAUUCUUAAGCAAGCUUUGGGUUUACAAAGGAAUGAAGCAGUUCCAGUAGAACUUAUUGAAAAAGUAGAAAAAUUAGCUAAAACUAUUGCUAUUAAUAUAGUUGGAGAUUUUACCCGAAUUUCUAAAAAUACCGCUCAUCGACAAAUUACUCUUACACUUGCUAAUGGACAUUAUUCCAUUAUACCAAAUCCAGAUCGAUUUAAAAUUAAUACUGCUACUGUUAAGCCAAAGAAGCAUUUAAUAUAUAAAGUUGAUGGAAUAAAUAAUAUAGUAGAAAUAUUUAACGGAAAAGAUGUGCAAUCUAUUACUAAUAUAGAAUGGCAAAAGUUACAAUCAAAAUCUCUUUUUGGAAAAUAUUGUUACAUUCCAGUUGCCAAAGAUAAAAAUUCCGGAAUUUAUGAAUCAUUGGAUGAAGCUUAUACAAGAAUACAUGAGGAACGAAAUAUUUUGCUAGAAGAAUCUAAAAAAAAUGGCUUAUCAAUUGAUUUAUUCAUGUGUCAUGGCAGUUAUAAGAAAGUUGCAUUAUGGUUAUUUGAAAGACUUAGCCAGGCAAUUCAAGCCAAUGAAGCAUUAGAUCCUAUGGAAGCAAUAUGGAUUUCUGACACAAUGGUGGGUGGAAUUAUUUGGGCUCAAAAUGAUUGGAAAGGAUAUGGCCGGCAAUAUGAUGAAACUAGCUUAUAUCCCAGUAUUAUGCAAUCAGCAAUUACAUUUCCAAUUAGAAAAGGAAAAUUCCAAAUACUUAAAGAUUUCGUUAAAAAACAUGAAAAUGGUGAUUAUGCCAUAUAUGGAAUAUAUCGGGCAGAAGUUGAAACAUUGGGACUUCAAGUUAAAUUAAUUCAGGAUAAUUUACCAAAUUUGUUAGUAUAUGAAAAGGAAACAAGAAUUCCAGGAAAAAUGAUAUUUGGAGAAUAUGUAAAUUUCCUUUUCAAACUAAAAAAUAAAGGGGGAAUUAUUGGACAAGUAUCAAAAAGAGUUCUAAAUACUUUGUGGGGAGCAUUGUGCCAAAGAAAUAAAUCUUACUAUGAUGUUAGUGAAGGCAUGGUAGAUUUAUUCAAAAACCCGGAAGGAGAAAUUUUAGAUAGUAUAAUUCCAGUAGGAGAUAAACAUUGGACUUUACAAUUUUCAAACCCCGGAAAUUUAUUUAAAGGUGAGUAUCCCCGAAUUGCUCCAUUUAUUCUAGCACAGGGACGAAAAAUAAUAUCUAGCCAAAUUAAGCCUUAUAAAGAUAUAGUAAGACGGGUUCAUACAGAUGGAUUUAUUCUAGAAGAAGAUCCUACAAAGCCACCAUCUAUUAAUUGUCUAGAAAAUGCUUCAAAAAUUUUAAAAACACUUAAAUUUGAAAAAGAAAGCAAAUGCCAUGUUAAAAACGCUAAUCAAGUUACGUGGUACGAAUGUUAG